AUGCUUGGGGAGCUUUGUCUUCGGGUUCGAGUAAUUGUGGCUACUCUCUUCUUCAUCAAACAUUGGGUAUUUAUCGACGUAGAAACUACUACCUCCAUCUCAUACUACUCUUUCAACAGUCUAACCGCGAAAACACGAGCAGAAAUGUGUCCUCAAUUCCAAGCCUUCUGCUAUGCCCUGCAACUCAACCUCACCCCGUCUACUAUCUUCAAGGGCCUCUGCGCAAUUACCGUCGAGACCAUCUGCCUUAGUAUCGAAAGAAAAGUCGCCGGGCUAAACCACAGCACCUUCUGCGGAUGCACGGAUGACGACUGGCUACCCUCAAUAACCGAUAUCAUGACAUGCCAACGCUCUAUUGCCUUCGCCCCCAAGCCCUCAAGCAAAAGGGAGUAUGGUGUCUUCUCCUUGAAUGCGUCACCUCCCAACAGACUCGGAUAUGCCGCGCCCCGCGACGGCCCACCACUUCAUUACAUUACACCUGCCGUCAGUCAGAUUAUUAGAGACGUCAGAGCUGCCGUUAUCUAUUCCCAUCGGUACGUGUUUCACAAGAAGAAGGGGCUAAGGCACAUACACGUUCUCAACGGCUGGUAUGUUUUGAGCCGAAUAAUAGCGGUAUAUGUACUCCAAGAUUUCUUGGGUGAAGGGUCAUCGGUUGUGGUGAUAGCAUUUCUGCGGAUCUUGGAAGGCUCUAAGACUAGGAUCCUCGAACUCCUCAAUAUCUCGGAAAUCAAG